AUGGCUCCAAAGAAACGUACCAACGAGACAAAGGAAGAUACAGCAAAGGAAGAACCACCCGCCAAAGUGCAAAAGGGUGAACAUGACAAAGAUGAAAAGGCUGUCAAGGAUGAAUCUGCAGGUGUCAAAGUACUAGAGAAAGGUCACAUCUUCUUCUUGUAUCGACCCAAGGUUGAUUCGGACGAAGUAGAAAGCGCAUCAGAUGUUCAAAAGGUCUAUAUGGUGUUGAAACCAAAUUGGCAUUCUUGUAAACCAAAGCGGCAGCCAACAUUGAUCGUCCUUGGAAGAAAAAAGUUGCCCGAUCCAGAACAUCAUUCACGCUAUUGGGGGUUUGUAGCUGAGGCUUCCAAAGAUUUGACAGAUGCAUUCAAAGAACAUUCCUAUGAGACCAAAACGAGAGGAGAGCGUACUGUGCAUCCUUCAAGGCCCAUGGGUGAAGGUGUAUAUGAAAUCGCCACCCAUAAUGGCCAUUCGCACCUAGCAUACAUGUUAACAUUGCCUGACAAGCCACAUGAGGUUCAGGAAGCUUUCAACAUUGAAGAGAAAGCGAGCAUCAUCAUGGCUGUAAAGAACCCUGAGAAAUCAUCGCCGCCUAGUGCUGGUCUCAGCUCAAAGCAAAAGGCUGAUUUUCCUAAAGAGCUAAUGGAAGCUUUUGCCGACCGACGCUUUAUCCAAAUGGAAACUACUGAAUUUCUCAACUACAAGGAUUGCGAGCUGAUGUUGAUUGGUGCAAGUAAAAACGUCGAAAAGGAGCUAGGCAAGGCGGGUAAAGAGCUUAAGGAAAUGGAAAAGAAAGAUGAAGAGCAUAUCGAACAUGUUGGCGUAGACAAAUCAGUAUUUGAUGAGCUUGAGAUUGAAAAGAGCCAAAAUCCAGGUUCACCGCUUCAAGGAGAUUGGGCAUAA